CGGAGGACCGAGAUUGCGACGAACAACCAGGAAGCGAAUGGGCUGGGAGCUGUCCCCGGUUCUCCGCUCUGCUCUCGAGGGCACUUCCAGGGUUCCCUGAGACGCGGCCCCCGGCCCCGCUCACGAGGCCCCUGCCCUGACCUAGGCUCUGACCCCCGACAGUCACUCCGCAGCAGCCAUGUCGUCCGACUUCGAAGGCUAUGAACAGGACUUCGCGGUGCUCACUGCAGAGAUCACCAGCAAGAUUGCGAGGGUCCCCCGACUCCCGCCUGAUGAGAAGAAACAGAUGGUUGCAAAUGUGGAGAAACAGCUUGAAGAAGCAAAAGAACUGCUUGAACAGAUGGAUCUGGAAGUCCGAGAGAUACCACCCCAAAGUCGAGGAAUGUAUAGCAACAGAAUGAGAAGCUACAAGCAAGAAAUGGGAAAACUUGAAACAGAUUUUAAAAGGUCACGGAUCGCCUACAGUGACGAAGUACGGAAUGAGCUCCUAGGGGAUGAUGGGAACUCCUCAGAGAACCAGAGGGCACAUCUGCUCGAUAACACAGAGAGGCUGGAAAGGUCAUCUCGGAGACUAGAGGCUGGAUACCAAAUAGCAGUGGAAACCGAGCAAAUCGGUCAGGAGAUGUUGGAAAACCUCAGUCACGACAGAGAAAAGAUACAGCGGGCACGUGAAAGGCUUCGGGAAACAGAUGCUAAUUUAGGGAAAAGCUCCAGGAUCCUGACGGGGAUGUUGCGAAGAAUCAUCCAGAACCGCAUCCUGCUCGUCAUCCUCGGGAUCAUCGUGGUCAUCACCAUCCUGACGGCAAUCACUUUCUCUGUCCGAAGACACUGAUGUAUCUGCUCUCCCCUGAUAAACAGCAACGGCGGCUUGUUCGGAGUAAUUAAGACAAAAUGGUCACAUGAAUCAUUCUUUCACACUGACAGGCCCCGGGUGACCCUGUCUCUCCCUCACCACUGUUCAGCUGAAGUGCAAAGAGUGUAAAAAUAUUUUCUAUUUCUGUUUGCAUGUGGGAUGGUUUCCUUUUCUAGGUUUGUCUUCACCCAGAUUUGUUUUUUUUUAUAGGGGAAGGUGAAUGUUUAUUUGCCUUUUGGUAAUUUUCAUCAAUUGACCAAAAUAGCCUUGGUGACAUUCUUCCUUGCCCUGUGGACAUGUCAGGGGUCAUGGUUUGGGAGAGGGUGUGAUGAGUCAGUCACAGGAGCAUCUAUUUGUCACAUGACACUUGUCACCGAGAAGCCCUCCUGUGAUGUCCGAGGAUAAAAAUGCAGAGAAAAGCAGGGGCCGGAGCCAGUGACCUACCCCAGCAAACCAGCCUUGCUGCUACCCAGGCAUAAGGACUAUAGUCAACCUGCCUGAGUGCUUUCAUUGUAAAGGUGGGUAUUUAAUGUCAGCUGUAUGGGAAACUGACUUAGCACUUUCCCUGUGUUUCUGUUGCAUCAUUUCUAUUUAACCUGAGACUAUUUCUGCUAAGCCUGCCCAAUAUUCACUUUUCACAACUUUGAUUACGGGCUAUAAGAAAUAUUUCAUGGCCUUCCCCAAAUCCCAUACUCCCCAGAACUUCCUGGCAGAGGGAGCCCUGGCACGGUAUUUAAUUGUGACCUCGUCUUCCCUGACCUGUGUAAGCAUCUCUGUAUCCUUUCGGUUUUAAUAUUUGCACUGCCAAAAGCAGCCCUCAUACAUGCAAAAGGUCUGACAAGGUUCUCUCCACAUCCAUUCCAGUAUGUAAAGAGAACAUGAAUAUUUCAGUAAGAGCAAGAACAUGACUCCAUUGGUGUGAAAUUUCAAAUAUGAUUAUAUAAAUAUGGGCGAGUCCUAUAGGAUGAUGCACUAGAAAUAAACUUUACGGAAAAUUUUUACUAACCUCCUUUAAAAGAAUAAGAGAUUGCAAAUUGCUACAAAAGGAACGGCUUGGAUUUUUUUACUAACAAUUGUUAGCAAUGCCUUCCUGAAUUCACUAUGUAUUCAAACCUCUAA